AUGGCGAGCGGUGGCUCGACGGGGGAGCUCGGGGACGGUAGCAACGUCACGGGGAGGAAGAAGCAGGCGGACGAGGGUGGCGAGGCGCCGCAUGGCGUCGGGGGGUGGCGCGGCACGGCGAGACACCGGGCGGCGUUGCGGGCUCAGAGUAUGGCCAUAGUGGCGGCUAUGCUCUGGCGAGGUGGUGGUGGCUGGGAAGCUCGACGAGCAGGGCACCAAGGGACUCGGCGCGGCUGCGAGGAAGAGGAGAAGGGAGUGGCGGCGGCUGGUGGUGAAUUGGAGAAGAGGAGCGGCGGCUGGCGUUCUUAUACGCGCGGCUGCCUAGGGUUUUGGGGCACCGACGACUGGAUGCCUCGGCGUCCGUACUUGUGGCCACAAGGCGAACAUCGGGGCGCGUGCGGCAUCGAGAGCUGA